AUGUCCGACGCAGACUUCGAGACCGUCCGGAAGCUCCAGGCGGAGCGCAACGCUGCCGCCGCUGCGAGAAAGGGUUCGCGCAACAACGACUCCAACCAGCGACCCGAUACGAAGCAGAGCCUCACCGAAAGCUUCGACACCGACCUCUACGAUCGCAGCAAUGGCGUCGACAAGUUUGCCGGAUACAACACGUCCAUUCCCACGGGCGACGAUGAUGAUGAAGAGAUGGAAGGAGCCGACAACACGCGCCGGCUCGUUGGUCAAUACACGGCUUCACGUGCCAUGAUCGACGAGUUCGCGCGCGGCGAUGGCGUCGAGGAAGACGACCCCUUGGCAGGCCGGGGUGAGCGCAGCAACAGGAUCACUGAUCGCGAGACUGAUUACCAGAAGCGACGAUUCGAUCGCGCCCUGACUCCCACCCGAGCCGACGCUUUCGCUGCCAACGGCAAGACUGGCGCCGCCGAGGAGGGAUCCAGAUAUCGCGAUACCAUGAAGGAGCGCGAGCUCGAGAGAGAGGAGGAACGCGUCCGCCGCGCCAUCGAAGCCAAGGCUUCGGGCAGGGAAGAGGAGGACGGCAACGUUGCCCAAGCGACCCUGAAGGAUAGCGACAAGGAAAACGCCGAUGCUGGUUCGACCGAGGCCGCCGCGGCAGGCAGAAAGCGCAAGAAGAGAUGGGACGUUUCGUCCACGCCAGCCGAGGAUGAAGCAGCCCCUCAAGCUUCAGAGCCCGUCAAAUCGAAGCGUUCUCGAUGGGAUCAGACGCCAGCUCCCCCUGGCGUGGAAUCCACCGAUGGCCCGAAGAAACGAUCUCGAUGGGAUCAAGCACCGUCUGCCACCCCCAUGGGCAACCAGGGCCUUGCGACACCGAUGCAUCCCUCCCAGUCGAGCGGCGCCGUUCUACCGACCACCUUUGGCACCGACAUCUCUGGGCGCAACAUGCCUCUCAGUGACGAAGAGUUGGAUAUGCUCCUCCCAGGUGAGGAUCAAGGAUACAAGAUUCUCGAGCCUCCUCCAGGAUACGCCCCGGUACGAGCGCCUGCGCACAAGCUCAUGGCUACGCCGUCGCCGCAGACGGGCUUCAUGAUGCAGGACCCCGACGCCGUCAGAUUGAGCGGAAAGCCCAUGCCGGCCGAAAUCCCCGGUAUCGGUGACUUGCAGUUCUUCAAGGCCGAGGAUAUGGCAUACUUCGGUAAGCUGACCGACGGUUCUGACGAGAACAGCCUGAGCGUUGAGGAGAUGAAGGAGAGGAAGAUCAUGAGGCUGCUCUUGAAAGUCAAGAACGGUACUCCACCAAUGCGUAAAACUGCUCUGAGACAGCUCACCGACAAUGCCAGGCAGUUUGGAGCCGGUCCGCUCUUCGACCAGAUUCUUCCCCUGCUCAUGGAGAAGACGCUGGAAGAUCAAGAACGCCACUUGCUCGUCAAGGUCAUCGAUCGUAUCCUCUACAAGCUCGAUGAUCUCGUACGGCCGUUCGUCCACAAGAUUUUGGUCGUUAUCGAGCCGCUGCUCAUCGACCAAGACUACUACGCCAGAGUCGAGGGUCGUGAGAUUAUCUCCAACCUCAGUAAAGCAGCUGGUCUGGCCACCAUGAUCAGCACAAUGAGACCCGAUAUCGAUCACGUAGACGAGUACGUACGAAACACCACCGCCAGAGCUUUCGCUGUUGUUGCCUCGGCACUAGGCAUCCCAGCUCUUCUGCCGUUCCUCCGAGCCGUUUGCCGAAGCAAAAAGUCGUGGCAGGCCCGUCACACCGGUGUCAAGAUCGUUCAGCAGAUCCCGAUUCUCAUGGGUUGUGCUGUUCUGCCGCAUCUGAAGGGAUUGGUGGACUGCAUCGGUCCUAACCUCAACGACGAACAGACCAAGGUCAGAACUGUCACCAGUUUGGCGAUCGCGGCGCUCGCCGAGGCCUCCAGUCCCUACGGUAUUGAGAGCUUUGACGACAUCCUCAACCCGCUAUGGACCGGUGCUCGCAAGCAGCGUGGCAAGGGUCUGGCUGGAUUCCUCAAGGCUGUGGGUUACAUCAUUCCUCUCAUGGACGAGGAAUACGCCAACUACUAUACCAGUCAAAUCAUGGAGAUCUUGCUCCGUGAGUUCUCGUCUCCGGACGAGGAAAUGAAGAAGGUUGUCCUGAAGGUGGUGUCCCAGUGCGCUGGCACUGAUGGUGUCACGGCAGGAUACCUCAAGGAACACGUCUUGGACGAAUUCUUCAAGAGCUUCUGGGUAAGGCGGAUGGCCCUUGAUAAGCGAAACUACAAGCAGGUCGUCGAAACUACUGUGGACAUCGGCCAGAAGGUCGGGGCCAGCGAAAUCUUGGAGCGGAUCGUGGUCAAUCUUCAAGACGAAAGCGAAGCCUACAGAAAGAUGACGAUCGAGACGGUGGAGAAGAUUGUGGCCAGCUUGGGAGCAGCAGAUAUCGGCGAGCGACUCGAGGAGCGCUUGAUUGACGGUAUUCUGGUCACUUUCAAGUCCCAGACUGUGGAGGACAUCGUCGUGCUCAACGGUUUCGGCUCUGUCGUCAACGCUCUGGGCACCCGUUGCAAGCCGUACCUGCAACAGAUUUGCAGUGACAUCCUGUGGCGCCUAAAUGACAAGUCGCCAACAGUGCGACAACAAGCAGCCGACCUCAUCUCGCGUAUUGCCAUGGUCAUGAAGCAGUGCGGAGAGGAUGCUAUGAUGGGCAGAAUCGGUGUUGUCCUGUACGAGUACCUGGGUGAAGAGUACCCCGAAGUUCUCGGAUCUAUCCUGGGUGCGCUCCGUUCCAUCGUCACGGUUGUCGGUAUCUCGCAGAUGCAGCCUCCGAUUAAGGACCUGCUGCCUAGACUUACCCCGAUUCUGCGCAACCGACACGAAAAGGUCCAGGAAAACACCAUCGACCUCGUCGGUCGUAUCGCUGAUCGGGGCCCUGAGAGCGUCAACGCCCGCGAGUGGAUGCGUAUCUGCUUCGAGCUGCUCGACAUGUUGAAGGCGCACAAGAAGGGCAUUCGUCGUGCCGCCAACAACACGUUUGGUUUCAUCGCCAAAGCCAUUGGUCCUCAGGAUGUUCUUGCUACGCUGCUCAACAAUCUGCGCGUACAGGAGCGUCAGUCGCGUGUCAACACCGCCGUUGCUAUUGGUAUCGUCGCCGAGACUUGCGCGCCCUUCACCGUCCUCCCUGCCCUUAUGAACGAGUACCGCGUGCCUGAGCUAAACGUCCAAAAUGGUGUUCUCAAGUCGCUGUCAUUCCUCUUCGAGUACAUCGGAGAGAUGGCCAAGGAUUACGUCUACGCCGUCACCCCACUCCUCGAGGAUGCCCUCAUCGACCGCGACCAGGUCCAUCGUCAGACUGCUGCCUCCGUCGUCAAGCACAUUGCGCUCGGCGUCGUCGGUCUCGGCUGCGAGGAUGCUAUGGUCCAUCUCCUUAACCUCCUCUACCCCAACCUCUUCGAAACCAGUCCGCACGUCAUCGACCGUAUCAUCGAGGCCAUCGAAGCCAUCCGCAUGGCCGUCGGUCCCGGUGUCGUCCUCAACUACGUCUGGGCGGGUCUCUUCCACCCGGCCCGCAAGGUCCGCCAGCCGUACUGGCGCCUCUACAACGACGCCUACGUCCAGGGCGCCGACGCCAUGGUGCCCUACUACCCCAACCUCGACGAGGAGAAGGUCGACAGGUCGGAGCUGGCCAUCAUGCUAUAG